UGUUGGUACUUAGGUGCACCCAACUGUACCCCAAUGCUUCUCUCCUUUGUUUUCAAAGUCUUGAGAGUCAGAUUCCCUUCAAACCCCCCACCCCCAUUAAAUUAUUGCUUUCAUUGUAAACAAAGCAAGAAAAGCUGCCUCCCCCUUAACUUUAAUUCAAAAGUUCAAGAUUUUCUAUUUCAUCCCACUUUUGUCUUCGCCCCCCGUCUCUCUCUCUCUCUGUGCUACGUUCCAAAUCUAUAUGGUUUCAUUUCUUUUGUUUUUGGCUUGAUGGCCUUGAGUAUGGUUGUAGUGGUUGUUAAAUUUGAGAUGAGGCUUUGAGGCGUUAGGUGCAUAUGGGUUCUCCACAUUUUCCAGAGUGAGCUUUGAUGUGUGUUCUUGGAGCUCCAUUUGUAUCAAAAUUCAUUCCUUUUGAGUUCCUUUCUUUCUGUUGUCUUAUUUUGUUUGGGAUAAGUUUAAAUUUCUAAUUUCCUGGAUUUCUUUGCUUUGUUUUCGUAAUUCUUGAAAAACCCAUGUUAAACCCUUGUUAAACUUUCGACCUUUACAGGUUUUCUGUUGUGAUUAUGUAUUCUUGUUUUUGUUAUUUCGUUUGGGUUGUUUGUUAGGGUUUUGUUGUGAUUUUUGUUGGUGAGUCAUUUCGGAUUUGUGGAUUUAGGAGAAAACCUGUUCUUUCGUUUUCCCCCUGUGAAAUAUUUUAAAAGUUUUGAACUUUAGUGUGAAUUUGACCUGGUAAAUGCAUGGAUGGGAGAGAAGAAAUGGCAUUACCAGGUUCAGCUUCAUAUUACCUCAAUAGAGGUGGGAUUGGCGGGUCUGGUUCAGGGCCCGGGCUUAAUGUUCAUGGUCCUGGUGGGGGCUCAGCCGCUGCUCAGGCUGGUGGGAUGCAUAAUUCAACUGUUUUUAAGAGUCUUACAAAUCCCAAUAUGCCGGUUCAGCCAAAUGUAGGGGUCAGUGGUAGUUCUGUAAGUGGUCCAUCGUUCCAUGUUGAGAACCCAUCGCCCAAUUUCCCUCCUGGCAUGAGCAUGGCUAUGGUGCCUAGUGGAUCGGCGGGCGAGCCGGUGAAGAAGAAGAGGGGUAGGCCCAGGAAAUAUGGCCCUGAUGGAGCUAACAUGUCUUUAGGAUUGUCCCCAAUGUCCAAGCCUUCCUCUGCUGUGGUCAGCCCGGGGGAGAGAGCACGGAGAGGUCGACCGCCCGGGACGGGAUGGAAACAGCAGCUUGCUCCUCUUGGUGAAUGGAUGAAUAGCUCAGCUGGACUAGCCUUCACACCGCAUGUCUUGCAUGUUGGAGCUGGAGAGGACGUUGCAGCAAAGAUACUGGCAUUUGCACAACAGAGGCCAAGAGCAUUAUGCAUCAUGUCAGCUAAUGGAACAGUUUCUGCUGUAACAUUACGCCAACCUACAUCUGGUGGCACUGUCACAUAUGAGGGCCGUUUUGAGAUACUAUGCUUAUCAGGUUCUUACUUGGUUGCUGAAAGUGGUGCUCCUAACAAUCGGACUGGUGGUAUAAGCAUUUCAGUUUGCAGUCCUGAUGGGCAUAUUAUUGGAGGUGCAAUAGGUGGUAGACUCAUCGCGGCAAAUCCAGUACAGGUGGUGGCAUGCAGUUUUGUGUAUGGUAGUACUAAGGUGAAGAACAAACCGGAGUCGGGAACAAAAGAAGAGAAACAUGCCUUAGACCAAUCUGCUGAGAAGUCUCUGACCCCAGCUGCUGCUGCUCCGAGUCAAAGUUAUACUCCUAAUUCUGGGUCAAGUGUUUGGCCACCGGUAUCACGGUCAGAAGUAAAAAAUUCUCAGACGGAUAUUGAUCUGAUGCGCGGAUGACAUACGAGCACGAGCUGCAACGUGCACAUGGCAGUUUUUGUAUAUAUGUGUUGUUGUAAAUGAAAUGCUCUGCGGAUCAUCCAACUCUGAACUCACUCUCUGCCGGCUGACAAGUAGAUGGAUGGGUUGUGCUAACAUCCCGUAACAAAAACUUCGCAUCUAGGUUCUUAAGUAGCAGAAAUUGUCGAAAAAAUUAUGGUUGUUGGACCGAAAAGGUGGUAUUGCUAUCUGUUAGUUUAAUUAUUUUCUUGUAGGAAAUUGGUGGGGUGUCUUUGUUUGGGUCUCCGUUCCUGUGGUAACCAGAAAUUUAAUCAAAAGUGCAGAACCUUUUGGCAAUGGGCUUUAACUUGGGUUUUUCUGAAA